UCGAACUGUUCAGUUUUGUACAGUACACUGUUGAAUUGACGUUUUUAAGUUAAACAUAAACUUACUUUAACGAACACUGCUAUAUUGGUAUGAAGUUCAGGAAUUAGACAGGGAAUGAGAUAAGGAGAAAAAGAUAUUUGUAUUCGUGUGGUGGGAAUAUGAUACACGUGUUUUGUUGCCGAGUUUAAGGGAGCAGUCAACACUUUUCACUUUCGACCGGGAAUGGCACCUCACACUACUUCCGCUCAGGACGAGGAAUCCAAUUGUCUAAUGGCAUUAGCCACUGACGAUGACGUCUCACUUUGUACAACCGUCCGUCCGCCACAGUCCCGGAAACCACUCAGGAAGAAUCUCAGCGUGUUUUUGUAUGUUCCAAAUAUAAUAGACUACUUCCGUCUACUGUUUCUCGGGAUAUUUUGUCACCAGGCGUUUGCAGGAGACCACGUGGUCGCUGCCGGAAGUUACGUCAUCAGUGUAGCGCUGGAUGAACUGGACGGGAAUUUCGCGCGCUGGCUGAAUCAAACGUCGGAGUUUGGGAUGCUGCUCGACAUCCUGAUAGACGAGGCGUCUGUGACCGCCCUCUGCAUGGUUCUUGCGACGCUUUACCCCGCCUGGCUUCCGGCCUUUCAGGCGCUUUCCAUUAUUGACUUCGCCGGGCAGUGGAGUCUUUAUUACUUUUCGGGACGAUACAGAAACGGUGAUUUCAGAACCCAUGACAACAAACUAUUUAAUAUUUAUUUUAAUAACAGAGUGGCCGGUGAUUUCUGGGUUUACGGUAACCACUUGUUCCUAAUAUCCAUCUACAUGGCGUUUUACUCGGCUGGACCCACGGUGUCUCUUUUCGGUCAUGUUGUCAGUCUAUGGCCAACGUUAGCCUAUUUAGCCGCUCCGUUCUCAAUAUCCCGUCUGGUCAUCAUGAUAGCGCUUCUAGUCACACAGAUGUAUCAUCUUGGGCGCUUGGACCAAGAAAAAGCUGCGCGCGUUGCUAAGCAACGGGGUGACGUCAGUUGGGUUGGUAAGCAACAGAAUGAAGAUGCUCAGGUUGCUAAGCAGCGGGGUGAGGCUGCAUGGAUUGGAAAGCAACAUGAUACGGAUUUGGUGGAAGAGAGUAAAAACGACCCAGGCGCGGAUGGCGAGCAUUAAAGUCGAUGAACUCUUUAUGACGUCAGAAAUAAUCUCUAACAUGCAAAAAUGCUGGAAGCCGACGGUUUGCUUAGCAACGGACAAAAGAAAGUGGUGGGAAAUCGUGCGCGAUUGGACGCGGGUUGGUUGGUGGUGGGGUCAGGAAUUGAUGCUUAUAAGGAGACUGUGAAAUAGAUAAAAACAACAAGGUCUGUGUUUGCUCUGUUGAGUUAUGGAAGGCCAAACAUGCGCAGAAAAAAUAUUUAUUUCCAAAUACAGACGUUAUCAGGAUAAGGAAGCACGUGACUUCAAAGGGGUUGUCACAUGGGUCAAAACAAGUGCAAGGAAUGCGCUAAUGCUGACCACUUUUCGUGUAAAAUUGCACAUACUGUCAAAACUCGCUAUGUCGAAGUCUUUGGGUCCUCGGGAAAUUCUUCGAUAUAACGAACAUUCGAUAAGAACGAAUUACAAUCAAGUUCGACAUAACCAGAAAAUCUAGAUAACAGAGUUCGACAUAGCGAGUUUCGACUGUAUUUUAUAAUAUGUAUACCGAGUUUCAGUAUUAACAAAUGAGUAAGGAAAAAAAAUUAUUCAAUCCACUAGUUUGCAUUACUUUCUUGAAUAUAUGUUUUAUUAAGAAAGAUAUCGCCAAGAAACCACAAGACAUUGUUGAUUUGGUAGUCCGAAGCAUUUUGACAUCAACAUAUAUGUUCGCCGACAGACUUUUCCAAUAAAAUGCAAAUGCUUUUUGAUCCAAAAUCGGAUAAAACAUCAUUAAUAUAAAAAUAAAUAAGAGAUAACAUUUUAAUUGUUGGGCCUUCCCCACCCACUUUUUCACUGUGGAAGGCUAUUGAUUAAAUGCAUGCAUAGUGUCCAUGUGAGCGUCGAUUCUAACUAUAAAUGAAGGUACAAUCGAAGGCUAUUGACAUUUAUCGAUGUCAGGUAAUGGAUAUUUUUAUAGAAGCGUCAGAUUGUAACAAUGUAUGAAUAAUGGAAGUCCAAUAGCUGUGCCAGCUUCUCCAAAGAUUUCUAGGGCGUAAAUAUUGGAUUUUUUAAGAGAUUGACCGAAAAUGCUGACAUGUUUGAAACAAAAUAUUUUGCUAACAAGAGAAGGAGCUUAUUCAAUGCGUUGGCGUUGAACGAGUGUUUUAAUAUCGAACAAAAUACCGAUGGAUCAUAGCAGAGCUUGCUUUGGCUUGAACAAAUCUAACUCUUUGAUUAAAGUCAACGAUAAGAAAACAAAUGCGGCAAGCAAGCUAAGUAUCCGCCCACUCAUCUCAGAUAUUGGUGUUACAUGUGCUG